CUCCUUGCAGCUGAGCAACCUGAUGAUGGCAGACGCAGGAUCAUACAGCGUCCGUAUAGGCACAAAUACCUCUUCAGUGUUUUCCAAUUACACUCUGAGGAUCUUCAAGCGGCUGCCAAGGCCUCACAUUAGCCUGGAGUCCAUCACCUCUGAGAAUGGGACCUGUCAUGCCACCUUGAGGUGUUCUGUGGAGGAAGGAGGAGACAACGUCAUAUAUCAGUGGACACGAGUGGGACCAGGGGCUGUUGUGUCCCAGGAAGGAUCCAUCCUCAAGGAGUCCUGGAGCCUUGAUGAUCUGGAUCUUCGGAACUACACCUGCACAGCUAUGAACCCUGCUAGCAAUAGCAUCUCUAGCCACAUCCUUGCUCGGGAGCUUUGUGCGGGUUCCAAGGCAGCUGCAGGCACUUAUUGCCCAGUGACAUGGAUUCUGCUGGGGAAGGGGCUUCUUCUCCUCAUGGUCCUGGGGGUUCUAUGAACUUGGCACAUCCAGACACAGAUGCUCAGCAAACUCCUUAUGUCU